UGCAAUGUAAUGAGUGAAAACAAUGUGACAGACGUUUGUGGGUUUUUUUGAGUGGAGAGAUGAGAAGAUGGGUAGUCAUGCAGUUGUAGUAGGCCUUCCUUCUCCUCCAAAUCGUAACGGCUCUCUCUCUCCUCCAAUUCCCACAACUUCUAUAAGCAGCUCGAAGAAAAAGGAUGGAAUUGGAGAGCAAAUGGCAAGGAAGCAGACAGGGGAUGGUGGGUACAAGUGGCGUUUGGUGAUUGCUUAUGACGGCACCCGUUAUGCAGGAUGGCAAUACCAGAGUUCACCGCCUACAAUACAGUGCUUUGUGGAGAAUGCUCUAAUGGGCGCAACAAAGCUGGAAAGGAAGGAUCUUCAUUUCGUUGGUGCAAGUAGGACAGAUAAAGGAGUACAUGCCUGGGGUCAGGUUGCACACUUUGUCACACCUUUCAACUAUGACAGCAUUGAAAGCAUUCAUGCUGCUCUUAACGGUCUUCUUCCUGAUGAUAUCCGAGUUAGGGAGAUCAGCCCUGCAGUGCCUGAAUUCCAUGCUCGUUUUUCAGCGAGAAGCAAGAUUUAUCAUUACAAAAUAUAUAACGACACAUUCAUGGAUCCAUUUCAGCGUCACUAUGCUUACCAUAGUGCUCAUAAGCUAAACGCCGCUGUUAUGCGAGAAGCUUCAAAGUAUUUUAUUGGAAAGCAUGAUUUCUCUGCUUUUGUCAAUGCCUCCCAGAAGGAACGAGUGCGUGAUCCAGUGAAGGAUAUAUUCCGUUUUGAGGUCAUUGAAAUGGGAGCUCUUUUACAGCUAGAAGUUGAAGGCUCCGGCUUCUUAUACAGACAAGUCCGGAACAUGGUUGCUCUGCUGAUUCAAAUUGGAAGGGAAGCGCUUCCUCCUGAUAUUGUUCCCAAGCUAUUGGCAACACGAGAUCGUAGGGCGCUUGCCAAAUAUACCAUGUUUACUCCACCUCAUGGGCUUUGUCUCGUGACGGUCAAGUAUAACGAGGAGCAUCUACGGCUUCCAUCCAGUUGCUCCACAACCAGUUUUGGUAGGCAUUAUACUAUCGGCUCAUAGUCAUGGUCUUCAUCAAUCACUUCAGUGAUUUCUCUCCCAUGACGCUCGCUACUUUCAAAUUUCCAACUGCUCCCAAAAGAUAUCUCACCAUCAUAAGUCACAGUGCUUGCAACGAUCUUCGGAUUUUCUUCCUCUUUGGUGAUUUCUGGAAUAACGGAUAAACUUGUUAUGUAUGGGGUUGGUGGAGCUUUUUGUGGGACUUCCUCUUCUGUGAUUUCAGAGGUUGAAGAAGAGCUUAUCGCUACAGGAGGUGGAAAACGCUGAUCAGAAUCUGGAGCUUCCUUAACUAUUUUAUCCGAGAUUGAAACUUCAGUUGUGUCAAAAUUGUGUGCAAGAUGCGACGAUGAGUGGGAGUGGCUCCUUGAAAUGGAUCUGCUCUUGGAAAGACUGUGUCUUGCUUUCUUGUGCCAGUUUUGGAGGCCUUCAACUACAGAUUCAGUAAACACUGCUCUCCUCAUGCCAGAACCCAUCUAUCAAGUAAACCAACCAUUAAUGAAAAGGAAAAACAAAAAAGAAGUAAUGUCAUUGAUUUUGAAAUUACUAUCCAUUACUCUCUGUAUCUCAAUUCUUUCAAUCUCAUAUAUAUCCACAUUUUCUUAA